AUGUUUCGUCGACACCCCGAGGAACAUCUACACCUGCGCCUGCACCGCGCCCGCUCCGUCAUCCUCACAACUCCAGAACUCGUCGAGAUCCGCGCUGCUCAACGCACCUUUGAAGGUGCUUACAUGCGCACGGCCCUCGGUCAAUUCUCCUUCUCUCUGGUCAUCCUCAAGAUCUUCACGGCCGAAUUCUACGCCAUCGGGGCGCUCUUCGCUAUCUACGGCGCCGCCGUGCUUCUCGUCGCGAUAUACCGUCGGUACGAGGGCCACCGCCAGUUCUUCACCGCCCUGACAUCGCCGAGCGAGGGCAGCGACGAGAGCAUCAGCAACAGCGACGAACUCACGGAUAAACCCCUGAGGAAGAGGUUCCGGACCAGCGGGGACUCGGUCGCGCUGCUCACCAUUCUGAGCCUGUGCGCGUACUCGACGUUGCUGGUCCUGACUUGGCGGCUUAUGCCCUGA